UAAAACAAGGCCCGUCUGAUCUACGAUUGGAAAGAACGAUCAGCCGCAGCACAUUAAAGGACAUCUCCUUCACAAAGCAGAGGAGCUCUAGUCUCGUCACACAAUUAAAAAUAGACAACAGGGCAUCAAGAAGGAAUUUCUCGUCCGGCAAGAGGGACUACAUCUCAGGUCUCGCUCCUCGCGAAGGUGCACGUCGUU